CCAUCAAACCCUCAGCAACUUGAACAGGCAAAGCAAAGCAAUGUCCAUUUCUCGUCUUCACUCGUCAGUCUUCAUUUUCAAUUUUGAUCUCCCACCGGUCACUACUCUGCCUCAUUCUCUCUGACACGGCGGCGUCACGAAACCAGCGACGCCAUCCUUUCUCCUCCACGCCAUUGUCUUCUUCGCAUCAGUCACCACCAGCAGCCAAUGACACCAUAGUAUUCUUCUCCUCCACUCCACAGUCCAUCGACACCAUCUCUCUUUACUGCUCCUCACUGCUCACACGAGUCAACGACUGCAGGAGAGAACCCGAAAGAGUACAUCAAUGGCAGGCCAAGCUGCAAAAUCUGUGGCAAAGACAAUUGGAGGGUACCAGUACCCAUGGCGCGAGAAGUUGGCUAAACACAGCUCCGAGCUAUCCAAGGGUGUGUGGGGUUACUGGCAUCUAGGGGCAUGGAAGCCGCUUGGAAUCAGUGCUCGUCAUCGAGCUAAAAUUAGAAGGGAAGUGCUCCUCGCGGGACAGGAUUGGCCAUAUGAUCCAGCAAGGAAAGAAAUGAGAACCAAGAGGAAAGGGCACAAAGUUGACAGGAUAGCUGCAGAGAAACGGGAAAACACUGCCAAGUUGAUGGUGAAGAUGCCACAAAUGUUACUUGAUUACAAGAAGCGCGUGUGGGAGAAGAGGAUGAAGGAAGAAGAGAAGAACAAAAGCUGAUCUUGUGUGAAAUGCUGCUUUGUUUUGAAGUCGUCCUUGUUUUGGUUGAAUGAUGUUGGUGUACUUUGUCUGUGUUAAAUGUUUGCAAGAACCACUAGAAGAUAUGUUUGCAUCAUCACUUCACUAGUAUACGUGCCAGCAUUUUGUUGUGUUGGCUAUUGUCUUCUUUUGGUGUAAAAUUUACCCCUUUUUUAAUCUUUCUUGCAAUUGUUUCCAGUAUACUUUUUAAGUAGAAUAUGGGCACCUUGCUUUGUUCCAAAA